AUGGCAACAACACCAGCGCUGGCGACGACGCCCGACUUUGUGCUUUUACCCGACGAGAAGCCCGACUACGCUGCAGAAGCCAAGGCGCUGCUGCAGCUCGGGGGACCCGUAAUUUUCACGCUGCUCAUGGAAGUGCUGCCGAGUGCCACCAACAUGGUGCUUGUCUCGACGCUCAAUAGUCCACACACCAAAGAGCACGUCGACGCUGCGUCGCUUUCGGGCAUGUACCUCAACAUUACGGCCAUGUCGGUGGGUCUCGGUAUGGCCACGGCCAUGGACACGCUGUGCAACCAAGCAUUUGGCGCCAACAACACCAAAAAGUUUGGCGUCUACCUCCAGAGUGCGCUCCUUGGGAUGGCAGUGACGUUUGUUCCAGUCUUCGUCCUCAAUUGGUUCUCUGGGGCCAUUCUCCUCGGGCUUGGGCAACACGAACACCUCUCGGAGCUCACGGGUGACUUCACGCGCAUCACGCUCAUUGGCAUUCCGUUUCUGUACAUUUACGAGAUCCUCAAGAAGACGCUCCAGGCGUACAACAUCGUCGGGCCCAUGGCCGCCAUGGCGGUCGUCGCCAACGUCAUCCACAUCGGUCUCGGCUACUGCCUCGUGCAGUACACGUCGCUGGGGUUCUACGGCGCCGCUGUCGCGCGCUCCAUGAGCUCGGUGACGCUGCCAAUGAUGAUGGCCAUCUACUUUCGGUUCUACCCUGUCCACCGCGAGUGGGAGUUUACGCGGUCGAUCAAGGUUGCGGCACGUCACAUGCCAAAGUUCUUCCGCUACGGCGUCCCCGGCAUGCUCAUGAUGAUGAUCGAGUGGGGUGCAUUUGAAGUGCUCACGCUUCUCUCUGGCGUCAUGGCCGACCCCGUCGUCAAGAUCGGUGUCAUGUCGAUUCUCACUCAAGUGCUCUCGAUCUCGUACCUUGUCUACCUCGGCAUGUCGAUUGCAGCGACGAUCCGCAUCGGCAGCAUGUUGGGCGCCAAGAACCACACGCAAGCCAUCGUCAUCGCCAAGGUCGCGUACGGCCUUUGCGCCUGCGGCACGAUCCUCACGGCGUCGGCGCUGAUUCUUGCGCGGCACGCUCUGCCGACGAUCUUUCUCAACGACCCAGAGAUCAUCGAGCUCACAGCCACCAUGCUGCUCUAUGCGAUCCCUGGGCACGUCCUGGACGGUGUCAAUGCUGUCUCCCACGGUGUCUUUCACGCCAUGGGCCUGCAGUCCAAGGCCACGAUCAUCAACGCAGUCGCGUUCUACAUCGUGGGCGUUCCUCUCGCAGCCGUGUUUGGUUUUCCCUGCAACUUGGAGCUGAAGGGGCUCUGGCUCGGGUUUACGCUCGGGUCGCUCACGUGCUGCGUGCUCUACGCUGUCUGGCUUCGUCGCCUCGACUGGAAGCAGCUUGCCGAGGCUAUCGCAGGCCAGCACCAGUACUAG